CUCCUGCCUGGGCCGCGCUAGUUGCUCCAUCUUGAGUAGAAAAUAGCUUGUGGACAGUGAGAGUGUAUAAUUGUGGAACUUAAAUCCGAUGUUUAUAGUGUAAAGUGUUAAAAAUUAUUUUCAAGAAAUGUCUUCGAAUAAUCAAAAGUUGUCGACCACGCAACGUAUGAUACAAGCUGUACCUUUUCCACCCAGUCACAAAUUAACUGUGACGGAGGUGUUCGAUUCGCGUUCGGGCAAACCGCGACCCGAUGUGCUAAAACAACAUUUUAUCCUGGAAGGUCGUAUCGAUGAGGCCGCCGCUCUUCGUAUUAUCCAGGAAGGUGCCACAUUGUUACGCUCCGAGAAAACUAUGAUUGAUAUCGAAGCGCCCGUUACAGUAUGUGGUGAUAUUCACGGCCAAUUUUAUGACCUGAUGAAAUUAUUCGAGGUGGGCGGACCACCUUCAUCUACAAAGUACCUUUUUCUUGGUGAUUAUGUUGAUAGAGGAUAUUUUAGUAUAGAGUGUGUAUUGUACCUGUGGGCGUUAAAAUUGUGUUUUCCAACAACGUUAUAUUUGCUACGAGGUAAUCAUGAAUGCAGACAUCUUACAGAAUACUUCACCUUUAAACAAGAAUGCAAAAUAAAAUACUCGGAGCGUGUGUAUGAUGCGUGUAUGGAUGCGUUCGAUUGUUUACCCUUGGCCGCCCUAAUGAAUCAACAGUUCCUUUGUGUCCAUGGUGGUCUCUCACCAGAAAUACACAAUUUAGAUGAUAUCAGAAAGUUGGAUAGGUUUAAAGAACCACCAGCGUUUGGACCUAUGUGUGAUUUACUAUGGUCAGAUCCACUCGAAGACUUUGGUAACGAGAAAAACGCCGAACACUUCUCGCACAAUUCCGUCAGAGGUUGCUCGUAUUUUUACAGUUAUGCAGCCUGUUGUGACUUCCUACAAAAUAAUAAUCUUCUAUCAAUAAUCAGAGCACAUGAAGCACAAGACGCCGGGUAUCGUAUGUAUAGAAAAAGUCAAACAACUGGAUUCCCAUCCCUAAUAACAAUAUUUUCGGCACCCAACUACUUAGAUGUUUAUAAUAAUAAGGCUGCUGUCUUAAAAUAUGAAAACAAUGUAAUGAAUAUACGUCAGUUUAACUGCUCACCACAUCCGUAUUGGUUACCAAAUUUUAUGGAUGUAUUUACAUGGUCGUUACCAUUCGUAGGUGAAAAAGUAACUGAAAUGCUUGUAAAUGUACUCAAUAUAUGUUCAGAUGAUGAACUCAUGUCAGAUGGUGAUGAUGCGUUAGAAGAAGCGAAACAGACAAAAAUAGUUAUUAAAAGACCUGGAGCAGCAGCCAACUUACGGAAAGAAGUUAUUCGAAAUAAAAUCCGAGCGAUUGGAAAAAUGGCUCGAGUAUUUUCUGUGUUAAGAGAGGAGAGCGAAUCAGUCUUACAACUCAAAGGUUUGACACCAACUGGAGCGUUGCCUUUGGGAGCACUAUCUGGAGGAAAGACCAGUCUCAAGAACGCACUUCAAGGAUUCUCACCCAAUCACAAAAUUGGAUUUGCUGAAGCGAAAGGGUUAGAUGCGAUCAACGAACGUAUGCCACCUCGUAAAGAUGCUCCACCAUCACCUGGUAUUGAAGCAGCUGCCACCCCUGUAUCACCGGCAGCAACAGGACCUAAAUGUGACUCAUCGCACUCAUCACCACCGCACUCAAAUGCGCACUCGUGAGCAUACCUUUUCCAUAUCCUACCGGUAUCCACAAUUCAUCUUUACAGCGGAUCAAAAGUAACUACUAUAUCAGAAAUAAAUAUAUAUAUAUACACGGUACAUCUUUAUUAGCUUUCUUAAAAAUAUUAUUAAAAAAAAAAUUAAAUAAAUGGCGAC